CAGUGUUGUGUUUACGGUGUUUACCUGAAGCGUGUUUACAUGUUGUCAUAAAAUUAGUAAAAUUAGAUUUUUUCAUUGAAAAUCUCUUAAGUUACAAAAAAAAUACAAAUCCAUUGAUUUAACGUGACAAAAUGGUUGAUUCCAUAGAUUCAAGCCGCUGCCGGCUUUGCUUCUCCACGUCGAAUCUCUCGUCGGCGGAUGAAAUCUUUCCGCUGGAAGGCGUUCCGAACCAGACCCUGAUCGCGAUGAUCUACGAGUGCACCUCGAUCCGGGUCAGCUUCGAGCAGGACUACCGUUGCCUGGUGUGCAGCCAGUGCUUGAGGAUGUUGAAGCAGUUCCAAGGCUUCCGGAAGCGUUGCUGGGCUAAUGAUCGGCAGCUUCGCCUCGAGCGAGGCACGGGAACUUCCGACGAUGAUAAUCCGCUUGAUUGCGAAGAGUAUGGGAGCAUCCAGUGGGAUGACGAUGAUGGAAAUGAUAGGACAGCUGGUGAGGAUGGCUUCUACAACCAGGUGAAGCAGCAAAUCAAGGAUUAUUUAUACACCAAGACGAAGCAAAUUGAGGAGAAAACGAUGGCCAAGUUGGAUGAGGCCCUGCGGAAUCGAGAGGACGGAAUUGACAGGCAUGACGAGAAUGGCUCGAGAGUUGAUUGGAAGGGAAAAUAUGAGACUUUGCAGAAAAAUAACGAACUACUGCAGAAGGCGUUCAAAAAUCUAAAAGAGAAGCUAAAGCAAACAGAACAGAUGUUGAAAAGCCUUAAGAGGGAAUCACUUAACGGCAUAGUUGUUCCAGCAGAAGAGUUUGGAAAUCAGCAAGAAGGCGGCAUGUUCACAAUGCAUCCGGCUAUUCCGGAAAUUUCAACAGAAUUCCUACAGAAUCUGAACUACAAUUCCGGUCCCGGGGAAAAAGGUGACCGGCUUUUCAUAUCCAAGCUGGCGGUAGCCGUUUUCGGGGUAGACGUUUUGGUCAAUUCAAGUGUCACCGGGAAACCGUCCAACGCACAUCAUAACAUUCCGCCGAAGCCGCCACUCUGUCCGGAGAAAAUUGCAGCAAUUGAAGCGAAGCUCUACGAACGGGUCGAGCAGGAAGUAGGCCGCUCCAACCGGGCGGAAUUGCUGCAGCGUUCCGGCGAGAAGGUGGUCCGACUGGUCGUCUGUCAGAAGUCGGUAAACCUCCGUAAGCAGGUGCAAAAGCGAAGUCUGUCCACCGGGGGCGGAAGCGGAAACGGGUCUUUUGCUGAAGACGACCCGGAGGAGGUUCCAAGAAGACGCAACAAACGGAAAGCAUCGUGAGUAUUUCGAAUACAUGUAUGAAUGAAACAAAUCAAGGUUUUCUAUCGCACGUAUUUCUAGAGAAAGCCAUUAAUAAUUAGGUACAUUUUGUGUGUUAAAA